UAUACCGUUGCUGAAACUGAUAUUCUCUUGGUUUUUGAGGAGUGAAUUCUGCGGCUUAGGCUGAAACUGGAACAAACCAUAAGACACAGAGAGAGAGAGAGACAACAGCAAUCGGAGUAUCAAACAAUCAUGUCUCUGGAAAACCUAUUCACAGCACUCACCGACGACAUCAUUCUUAAAAUCUUCCUCAAGCUCGAAGAUGAUCCUCGACACUGGGCUCGCAUGGCUUGUGUCUGCACCAAAUUUUCUUCUCUCAUUCAUUUCUGUUGGAAGAACAAGUGUUCUCUCACCAUUCCUUCCGAUCUUCUCUCCUCUUCCGAUCCACCUUCCUCCCUUCACAAGCUCGCCGUCUGCUGCCCCGGCCUCCUCCACGCCGGCCUCCACUUCGACUCCUCCGACUUCGGCCUCCAACAAGACCUUGGCCCCGACCAUCCCCUCACUAUAACACCAUCACCAUCACCAUCACCAUCAGCAGCAUCCACUAACAAACUUCCUCCUGUUCCUCCUCCUCCUUCUGAAUCUGAUUGCUGUUGGUCCCUCUUCGAUGAUCUUUAUCAUGAUACCCUUUACGAUGUUUCUGAAUCAGAACAACCCCAAUUGUCAGAGGAGGUGGUUCGCGAAGGUGUUGUCUCGAGGGGUUGUAAGAAACGGAAGGCUUGCAGGUCGUGGAAUUCGCAUUUAGCUUCUGGGAGUUGGAGCUUGAGUAGGGAACAGGGUAGCAAGCUCCUCGCUAGACAGUUUCGCGAUGAUUGUUUGUAUGUUUGUGAUUGGCCAGGUUGUGUUCACUUUGAGGAGAAGAGAAAGUACUGUCUUUUCAGAGGGGUUUUCAAGAAUUUCAAACGAACCCGUGUUUGGAGGACUAUCAACGAUGGGAAUCGGAAGAAGCUUGAUCUGGGUUGUGCUUAUUGCAACUCCAAACACACUUGGGAUCUCCACUCUGCUUUCUGCUUGAGGCGAGGUUUUGGGUACCAUGACGAUGGGGAGCCUGUGGUUCGAGCUUAUGUUUGUGAGAAUGGUCAUGUCUCUGGGGCAUGGACCGAUGUCCCCAUGUACACAUGAAUCUCAUUUUUUCUUUACCUUAUGUUUGGUUAAUAACUAUUUCCCCGGUUCUGCUUUUAUCAAACCUAGCAUUCUUAAUUUCUUUAUGCUCUGGAGAUGUAAAGACUUCAUGAAGGAACUGAAAGGUAUAUAUCAUCUCGUUUAUGUGUAACGUUAUACAAAUCUUUGAUGAGAAACAAGUUUAGUGUUCACAUUUGGAUUCCCUAUGUACUACAUUUUAUCCCAAGUUUAUGUGAUUUAAGAGUUGUCUCAUAAUUCAAUUCAUGAGAUGGUAGCAAUAGGGCAUGCUUGUAUUGUGCUCAAUAGACUAUCUUGCUAUAUUUUUUUUUUCUUUAAAUUAUUUUUAGGUUUAGAUGGGGUAACUGCAUGUUUUUCCGGGGGAAGAGUGUGUUUUAAACAUUUAACAAUUUCAAAGGGUUCAGCUUAUGCUAUAAACCUUAUAAAAAAAUGGUGAGUGUAAAGAUUGUAAAGAAGGAAAUCGGUUCAUAUCAUAUGGAAAAUCUUGCUUGGGAAAUUGUGAUUGGCAAACCUUCCAUAUUUUGCUCUAGUG